CACGCGCUUCUCAUUAUCUUCCACACCAACUUCUCCAUCUUCUCCUUUCCCAUUUGUUUUCUCUCUUUCAUUUCCCCCAAGACUCUUCUUUCCUUCUUUUCUUUUCUUUUCUCACGUAUAUAAUUUUCCACUACUUCCUUUUUUCUCAUCGACCCUUUAAUUCAUGUUCACAAAAUGAAGUGCUUCUUCUUCAAAGACAAGUGCAAAUCGGCUCCUGAAUUGCACAGCAAGAAGAAAAACCCCGCCUUCAACCGCCCCACCAACUCCACCGGUUCCGUUUCUUCGCCCAAGAGCGUCAAGGACUUGUACAGAGAGAGACAAAACAUCUUCAGAGAUUUCACUCUUGAAGAGCUUAGAGAUGCCACCAAUGGUUUCAACAGAAUGCUCAAAAUUGGCGAAGGUGGUUUUGGAAGUGUGUAUAAAGGUUCCAUUAAACCCCCUCAGCAACAGGGUGAUCCAAUUCUAGUUGCUAUCAAAAGACUCAACACGCGUGGCUUCCAGGGUCAUAAGGAAUGGCUUGCGGAAGUUCAAUUUCUGGGCAUUGUUAAUCACCCAAAUUUGGUUAAGCUUUUGGGAUACUGCUCUGUGGAUGGAGAAAGAGGGAUUCAACGAUUGUUGGUGUAUGAGUAUAUGCCCAAUAGGAGCUUGGAACAUCACCUUUUUGAUAGAUGUUUACCUGCACUGCCUUGGAAAACACGAUUGGAGAUCAUGCUUGGUGCUGCUCAAGGAUUGGCUUAUCUACAUGAGGGACUUGAGAUUCAGGUGAUCUACCGAGAUUUCAAAUCCUCAAACGUUCUAUUGGAUGAGAAUUUCCACCCAAAGCUCUCAGAUUUCGGUCUUGCUAGAGAAGGACCACAAGGUGACCAGACUCAUGUAUCCACUGCGGUAGUUGGCACACAGGGAUAUGCUGCACCAGAGUACAUUGAAACGGGUCAUCUCAAAGUUCAGAGUGACAUGUGGAGUUUUGGUGUUGUACUAUAUGAGAUCCUCACAGGAAGGAGAUCAUUGGAGAGAAACCGUCCAACACCAGAACAAAAGCUAUUAGAUUGGGUCAAACAGUACCCUGCUGACAGUAGCAGAUUCAGCAUGAUAAUGGACACACGUCUGAGGAACCAAUAUUCUCUUGUUGCAGCUCGCAAAAUAGCCAAAUUGGCUGAUAGCUGCUUGAAGAAGAAUCCAGAAGAUAGACCCUCCAUGAGUCAGAUAGUGGAAAGCUUGAAGCAAGCAUUGCAAUUGUCAGAAGCUUCAAACACUUCUCAAGAUAUUGCUGAAUCUUCAUCUCGGUCUAAAAUGGUUAGGAAAAGUAAAUAGUGAGCUUGUUUUUUGGAGGAUCAAGGACUGGGAAACUUGGCAACUAAGGUAAGUUGAAUAGAUCAUCUUUGUAUGUAGUAUCAAGCAAUUGUGGUCAAUCUUGGAAGUCAGUUUUGGGGAUUUUACUUUCUGGUUAGUUCAGCCUUGUUCAACAAAAUCUAGUCCUUCCUUUACUUUGUCAACUGCCUUUUAAUAUAGAGUAUUUAAAUGUGAUUGUAGAAAAUUUUCAAUUAAUAAAAUUAUUCUUUACUUCU